AUGAGUUGCCCUGGCAUUAUAAAGCAUAAUUUUAACAGUCUGCGAAAGGCAUUAAAGUCAAGUAUCCAUAUAUUCGUUUAUUUAAAACACACAAAAGUAUAUGAAAAAGUCGCUGGCGCGCUCAGCUCGGUAUCAGCAACAUUGCAAAAAUGUAGUUGGUCCGAGUUGAUCCUGAUCGUCCGUUUUCGUAAAUACUUUUUUUCGCCUUAUCCUUCCACAAAAGAUCUACAGCGUAAAUAGAUUUCAAGACUUCGAAAACAGACCAGGAAAAGGCUGGCCCCUAAGUGUCAGCCAAAAAUAUGUUCUUCUUCUGCCGAUUCCUGAUAUGUCAUCAUAUAUAUAUACAGUGCUCUACCUAAACUUCCCUUUGGGAUUUUACUUUCUAUAUAUCAUCUUCCCAGCUACCCUUGUAGCAAGCUCCUUCAUCACGACCAGGAAUUGCCUGUCCUUUGCACUUAUUUUUUUUUUGCUUUCUUAUUAGAACUACCGGUGGCGUUCUGGUACACUCGUCGCGUCACCAGCAAGCAUCAAGGAAGAUAACUCAACGUUUCUGGACAUCAUCACAGUAUUAAACCAUCCAUACCGCCAUAUACGCACUUAUUUUUCACAAAAGGAAUUCGAAGCGUUGCAGAAAUGCACUCGAAGUGCCAGUUCUAAAAAACUAAGUUCGUGCAAUGGGUGUCAGUUCUUUCUCCGUCUCCUGAAUUGAUGAUAACGUGAGGACGCUUGAUGUUGCGAAGACGCCUUUCGGCAACUUCAAAAUAUCGGUCCUAAAAACUCUUCUGGCCCGCUAAGUGUAAGUUCCAGUAUCUUUAAUUGUCCGCUAAACGCUAGUACGCGCUAGAUUUCUACCUCCCUCUGGGAUUUCAUCCAUUUCACACAGCAAUGUAGUCCGCGAAAUUAUGUACUUACUAGACCGUUUCUGAUAGUCCGCGAAAUUUAGCCAGACAUAAGCUCCACAUAUGACAAAGAACAGGAGGUCUUUAUUGGCUCUGCUAGAAGGCCCCUGUUAGUUUAUCUCGACUGUACAAUUCGCCCGUCGUUGUUCUAUUUGCUUUUGAAGACGAGGAACGACCGUGGGCGGAAACACAGCAAGAUAAACCAGCAAGCACAUAAUAAACAUGCACAUGCAGGAAUAAAGUACAGAAAGCCAUAGC